CCAUCUUUCACCCUCCGCGCUGACAGCUAUUCUGAGCUCAGGGGCGAAGUCUUCUUCUCGCAUUGUUAACCACAACUUAUUUUCACUGCGCAAGCACACAUGGCUGGCCGAUUCGUGAGAGCGUCGAAGUAUCGACACGUCUUCGGGCGAGGUACGAAGAAGGAGCAAUGCUACGACAACCUCCGCAUCUCGAGGAACGCAUGGGAUACGAAUCUGAUCAAGGCAAAUCCCGAAUAUCUUUCGGUCAAUUGGGAAGCUAGCGGUGGAGGCGCAUUCGCCGUUAUUCCCAUCAACGAGAAAGGACGUCUUCCGGAGCAGAUACCGCUCUUCCGCGGACACACUGCUGCUGUGCUGGACACUGACUGGAGCCCUUUCAACGAUUCGCUGAUAUCCUCCGCUUCCGACGAUGGCAAGGUCUUCAUAUGGAAAGUCCCUGACAACUUCACCCUCUACACCGACGCCGAGGAACCCGCCGAUGUUUCGCCUGUGGCGCGACUGACAGGGCACAUGAGGAAAGUCGGCCAUGUUUUGUUUAACCCCGCUGCCGAAAACAUUCUUGCCAGCGCAUCUGGCGACUACACAGUCAAGAUCUGGGAUGUCGAGGCCGGUGCCGCCAGGCUGAAUCUACGACACAGCGAUAUUGUCCAGUCGCUCUCAUGGAGCGCCGAUGGAUCCAUGCUGGUCACAACGAGCAGGGACAAGAAGCUCAGACUGUGGGAUGUGAGGCAAGAGAAGCCUGCUCACGAGCUUCCAGGCCAUCCAGGAGCGAAGAACAGCCGCGCUGUCUGGAUGGGUGAGCAUGACCGAAUUGCAACCACGGGCUUCUCGCGAAUGAGUGACCGGCAGUUGGGUCUCUGGGACGCCCGCGCACCAAAAGAGCCCAUUGGAGGAUUCCAGAUUUUGGACUCCAUCUCUGGUGUUUGCAUGCCGUUCUGGGAUGAUGGGACUCAAUGCUUGUACCUCGCCGGAAAGGGUGAUGGCAACAUCCGAUACUACGAGUACGAGAACGACAAAUUCGAAUACCUCUCCGAAUACAAAUCCGGUGAUCCUCAACGAGGCAUUGCAUUCCUCCCUAAGCGCGGCAUCAACCUUCAUGAUAAUGAAGUCCUUCGCUGCUUCAAGACCGUCAACGAUUCAUACGUUGAGCCGGUCUCCUUCAUUGUCCCUCGAAGAUCUGAAAUGUUCCAGAGUGAUAUCUACCCGCCCACCAAUGGUCUCAAGCCAGGGACUACCACAUCCGAAUGGUUUGCGGGAAAGACGGCGUUACCUCCAAAAAUUUCUUUGGAAAGCCUGUAUGACGGCGGGGCGCCUGAAGAGGUUUCAUCAGAUCAGAAGGCCCCCUCUGCAUCCACGCCUUUGCAGAGCCCGCCGCCCACGAAGACUCAUACUGAACCACCCAAGCCUGCUCCAGCGGCUGCCCCAGUCGCUUCACGCGCGCCCCCUCCAACCGUAAACCAGAACAAGGAGUCUAUCUCAACCAUGGCUGACAGGUACGCCGACAAGGAAGAAGAAGAGUCAGAAGACGAGACAUCCAGCUUCGAGGAGGUGCCCAAGCCAGCCGAACGUCCUACAAUUACACGAAUUGAAGAGAAGACACGCAGUCCGACAAUCACAAAAGAACCAGAACCCCCCAAACGUACUCCCGCACCCACUGCAACACCUGCGAAAGCACCUCCCUCUUCUGAACCCACUCCGAUUACUUCUGGCGCGACGGUACCCGCUGCAAGCGCUGUAAGUGGUAUCAAAGACUAUCUGAUGGAUAUCAAAUCGAUGUUAGAGUCUCAGAACAAGAUCAUGUCCGACCAGUCCGACCAGAUCGCUUUGCUGAUGCGGGAAGUCAGUAGGCUGAAAGCCCAGGUUGGGUCGCAGAGUUCCGACAGGGAAAAGGAUGAGCGGAUCAGAGAGCUGGAGUUGGAACUUGAGGAGGCGAGGUCUUAGAAAUGAUCUCAUAGUGCAUUAUGAGAAUUGUGGCUGACUCCGAGUUAGUACUUUUUUGUUGGAGGGUGUUGGGGUGGGAGGUUUGGGGUUGCUGAAAUGGUGGCUGGGAGAGCUGAGGAGUGCUCCUCAUGAUGAAGUAGAUCUUGCUUAGCAGGGUAGCGGUGCGUAGUGUAGGUCGAGUGUUUGAUUCACUGUGAGGAAUUGCAAGUGGCAUAAAGGGGAAGGGCGCACAGGGGCGUUGUUCUUUCUCUUUGAGUGAACAAAUAUUACGUCUUGUCGACUAAGAGCCCUGUCCUAGAUCUUGUGUGAAAGUAAAGUCUCCGAAUAAUCACCUCAGUCCACGCGUCUAGGAGAUGGAGACGGAAACAUUCACGGAGAUGAACACAAGCGUG